AUGCCAAGCGAGCCUAAGCACGGGCUUGCCACUCGGACGCGGGUGCUUGGCGCACUGAAGAGCGGUAGAGACUGGAUGCUAGUCGCAGACUGCAAUGACAUCGUGCUCACGGCAUCCCGCAAGAUCAUUGACCGCGGGCCAACCGACGUCCAGACGAGAGGCAGCGCGCGUGCGGCAUGUACGAAGUGCACGCCCGAGAUAGAGGACGCCCUAGUGGCGUACCGCGAGAAAAAUUGUCUGUUUACACUAAAGCAAGUGCAGAAUAUGCUGCGGUUUGGCUUUGGAGUUCGCGUAAGCACCUCCCUUACUAGUAAACAAACUGUGCAAUAA